AUGGAAGGAUCCCAAAAGCAUGACUUCGGCCAGAAUUUUCCUUCUCUAAACUCGCAGACUCGCCACGGUUGUUGUCAGGGAUCUUUGGGCGCGUGGUUUCCGAAUGGACACACGGCAGCAGAGGCAGCGGACAGCCGGAGCCGCCCUUCCGGUCCGUGGCUAGCUCAGCGCUCCAAUCCUAGGCCGAGUUCCUGCCUUCCGCGCCUGCGCAGAGAAAGCCGACAAGUGCCGCGUUUUCUAGAAAAGACUAGCCACAGCAAACCGCCCGAAGGUAGAGGGCCGUGCGUGCCUUGGGCUCGCUCCGCCUCCCUCCAGUGUUUACUUUUAAAAGGCGCCGCCCCAGCGCGCGACUCCGCCCCUCGCUUCCUUCACUGGCUUCUGUGUGGAGAGAGGGGCACAGGCAGAGCUCCCCGCCCCCCAGUCAUGAGCUUUUAUGACAUUAACAGAGAACAGAACUAUGGCAAGAAUUCUGGGGAUAUACUUGGUGAAAAUGAAUUAAGGCCAGCCUCCCAGCUACAUUCUCUCUUAGAGAAGAUCAAGACAGGGUUCAUAACAGAAAAGAUUUUUGAGACGGUGUCCUUGAGUUCCGAUACUGUCUUCCAGAGGGCAGUUGCAAUUCUCCAUACUUCUUACUUGGACUCUUCAUCUGAGCAUGGUUUUCAGUACAGUCAAGUGACUUUGGUGAAAAAUCACAUUUUCUUAAAUGAGUACAGAAGUUUUUAUCAACAAAAAAAAGCAAGUAACUAUACUCAGGAAGAACUUCAAGAAACUUACGGGUUUCUUCUGUUUGAAACAGAAAGUCAGGCAAAGUUGGUAUGUCAGCGUGGAGUCCGUGUUGGAAGCAGUGCAAUCACCACGCUGGGUGAUCCAGAUAAAGGUGUAUACAUUUCUAAAUACUCAGACUAUCUUCAUCCAAGACCCUGGUAUCAUGGAAAAUCUGGUUAUGUUGUAAUUUUUAAUUUAAUCAAGGGAAAAGUAAAGUUUGUGCCUGAGAAUUAUACAACCAACUAUACUAGACCUUCUUUUGGCUAUGAUUGCCACGUGGCUACAAAUAUUAACAAUGUUUCUUCUAAGACAAGUCAUUUUCGUGCCUUUGAACUGAGUCAGUAUUACCUCUAUGAACUUUCAGGCAACACUGUAAUUGAGCGCCCCAGACAAAUCUGCCCUUAUAUAAUUGUGGCUUUUCAGUACAAGGAACCUAAAAAUAUGGAAACUCAUGGAAGCAUACCUGAACUUCAUAAAAAUGUUCUCAUUUCUCCAUGGAAAGGGAAGCUAAGUAUUCAAGGAUGUCUGCUGUGUGAUAUAAUGCUUUGGUCAACUUAUGGUACAGUGAUUCCAGCACAGCUACCAUCAGAACUAGAUUUUAAAUAUGUAAUGAAAGUAUCUUCUUUGAAAAAGAAAUUACCAGAAGCUGCCUUUAAGAAACAGAAUUACUUGGAACAAAAAGUUUGUCACCACAAUAUGUGCUUCAAUCUGUAUGAAGUGGAGUUAUCCAACAAGCAAGGGGAAAAAAUAGAUAGACUAAGAGAAUACAUUAAAACUAAUGAAUUGGUACUCAUCAAAUGUUUAGAAGAUCGAGGCUUUUUCAUUCUACUUACAUCAUCAGCUUUAAUAUCAGAUACAGGUUUUGACGAUGGACAGUUGAGUCUACAUGGGUUGCAUUUAUCCCAUUCAUCCCUGACAAUAGGGAUGAAAGAUUUGAAUAUUGAAGAUAGCAUCUCAUUGAAGGUGAUACCUAUUUUACCUGCUCUUAAUUGUGCUUUGUUAGAAGCAAAGAAAUCAUUUACUGAAGAAGGAAUCCGUCCAAACACAUUAGUAAAGCAUAAUUUCCAAGCAUUGUACAAAGCGGACAAAAGUCCUUCACUGACUGCUGCUUCUCAGGAUGAAAUUAAAGAGACUACAUUCUUUGACAAGUUAUCCAAUGGUUUUGACUUGGUUCCUCCAGCUGAAAAGUGCCCUUUACAAUCUUUGACUAAGUUAAGAUCUUAUUUUUCAGAUCCCGAUGGUUAUAUUUUGGAAGUAUGCACUGCUUUAGAUUUAUUAGCAGAGCCUCCUCAGUCUCCUUAUUUUUCGGAUGGAAUUUGUGAUGCUGGAUUUUCUUUAGUUAUGACUCCAGAUCCUGAAUUUCUUGACUCAGAGGCAGAAGUACGAAAAGAAACUGAAACAGAAAAGACUUCAGAAGACAUUUUUCAAACCAGGAAAGGAAGUAUGGUCCUAUUAAGUCCAGUAGCAAAUCUGAGAGUUCAGCCAAAGAGGAAGGCAAGUGCACCACUCACGAUACAAAGUAAAAAGGUGAAUUUGUGUCGUCCUUUUACCAAAAGAGCUGCUACUGGAACAAGCAAUGGCUCGGACUCAGCAACAACUCUUAAGUUAGCUAAAGGACAAUUUCCUCAGAAGAGAAAAAGAGGUGCUGAAGUACUGACUGCACAGUUCAUACAGACAGCCAAAUUGGAUCCGAAAAAUCAAGACACUCCUAUUUCUAAAGAUGUUUUAGCAAGUGCUAAAAGGACACGGAAACAAGAGAAAUCUCCAGUAAGCACUGUUUUAAAGGUUAAACAACCUGUGACAAAAUCACCACCAAAACAGAGAGUAUAUAUAAUAAAAGGCCAUCCGAAUCCCAGAGUCAAAAAACAACCACAACCUGUUAAAGGAGAAACUGCCUCAAAGCUUCAAUCAGGAGUUUCACCAGAAGGUAAAGAAGAUCUUGUUAGCAUAAAUACAGCACAACAAGAAAAUGACACCAUGGUUCAGAAAGAUCUUCCUAAGAACUCUGUUGUCAGCUGUGACUCCCAAGCCCUAAAUAUGUUAGCUGAUCUGGCUUUAAGCUCUGCUCCCUCUUCCACACCAUCAUCAUCUGAGCCUAAAAACCUUUCCUGCUCCUCUGAAUUGCCACAAAUUGAUGUCAUGUUUGCGAAAGAAAAUUCUCUGCGAGGUACAUUUGACCAUGAAUAUCACAGAGGAGUUAAAAGUAAAAAAGGUGGAUUAUUACCUAAACCCUCUACUGAAAAGAAGACCAAUUCAGUAUCAGAUGUAACUGUUAACCAAGAUGCAGAGAAUUUGAUUCCUUGUAGGGAACAAGUCCCUGCUAAAACCCAGUCAGCACUUCCUGAGGAAACACAAGAAACAUCAGAUGCAAGCCAAAGCGCUUGUGUAGUUGUGGAGCAUUCAUAUGCCCUACUCCUUGCAGAACAUUCAUUGAAACAGAUACAGCAGAGAGGAAUACAAGGCUCUACCUUUGCCAAAAAUGGAACUAAAGGUCCUGAAGCAGGAACCCCAGUGGGAAAAGUAAUGCCAUUUCGACACCAGCAGAACACCUCCCCUCUGCAAAAGGUCAUUGACCCAUUGAUAAAGCACAAGAAUAGAUUGAUGUCUUCCAGCCUAAGAGACUUCCAUUGCUCUCAUACAGUGUUUAGCUGUGAUGGUUCCUUUAAGGUCACUUUCAAAAGUGAAACAGAAUAUUCAUUCAGCUUGGAUAGCAAAUAUACAAACAACCCACUAGAGAAAACAGUGAUACGAGCUUUACAUGGGCCCUGGAAUACUGAUCUGCCUGAUAACAUGGAAGAAGUAAAGCUUUUACUUCAUAUGUGGGUAGCUCUGUUUUACAGCAAUCAGAACAAAAUUAUACAGUCAUCUCGAAAAGUGGUAGAACACAGCAACCCAGCAAAAUAUGUAUCUAUAAAUAGCACGAUAGACUCUUUUGACUUAAGUGAAAUUGAGGAGCCCUACAGUGUGGAAAGGUGUUCUACAGACUCUUUAUUGGAGACAAAAGAAACUUCUGAGGAUCAGGCUACUGAGUUGUCUUUCCCUGACACUAAAGCUCCUUUCAUUAAACCACAACCUGCUAGAGGCUUGGAACUCUGUAUACAGAAUGAACAGAAAGACACUUUUACGAGAGAAGCUCAUCAAGAUAACUCAGAAAGUCUGAAUUUCAUCUAUUCCUGCAGUAAUGAGGUCAUUGAGAAAAAAGCUGAGCGAGAAUCAUCAGAUAAAGUAGAAACAUCCAAUGGUGUGCUCUCUAGUAGUGAUAAUACACAAAUUGAUGCAUCUCCUGUUUCUAAUGAAGAUAAAACUUUUCAGCCGCUUGAUAGCACAAGAAUAUCUUCUCAUAAUGGUACUGUCUUAAAAGACACAUUCACCGAGACUUGUGAAGGGAUCAAUAGCCCAUCAGUGACUUGUCAGCAACCCACACACAGCACUCUUCAAAGCGAAGUUGAUAUUUUUCAUGCAACAGAGCAUGAAAAAACCGAAACGGUACAGGACAUUAUCCAGCAUAACAGCCCCACUAACAAAGAAUGUCAGUCUUCACUGGAAAGGAAAGAUGAUAAUACAGGAUAUGUCAUGACUAAUCUAGAACCCGUUCCUCUCAUUUCUGAAGAGAAUAACUGUCCACCAGUACAAACAGAAGAUGUAAAUAGAGAUGAUAAGUCUCCAGUGUUUAAUGUGGAGUUGCUUAAACAAGAAGUACCUAGUAAAACUCUUCCUGUGCCCACAUUUAAAAAGACACAAACAGAAACUCUAAAGGACAUUCCAUUUCCAGAAGUGUCAGGAGAAAAAGACAGUAAAUGCCUUAGUACCACCUCAGUAAGUAAAGAAACACUUGCUAAUGAGGUAUCUUCAUUACAGAAAGAGAAUCCACUUCCAGUGUGGUCGUCAUCAUCUGGUAAUUCAUUGAGAACAGAGACAGUAUCUUUAGAAAAAAGUUCCAACUGCUUGGUACCCAGUGAAGAAAAGAGACUCUCUCAAGACUAUUUUUUGCAAACUCAGAGUCUCUUAAGCAUUUCUUCAGAAGAGAUUAUAGAGCCGAAAUUAUUUGAAGACUUGGCCUUAUCAGAUUCUACCUUCUUGAUAUCAUCAAGAAAUAAUGUAUCACAUGGUUCUAUGGAACUAAUGAAAAAUGACAAGGAUUGUCUAAACAGUGAAAAUACAGAUUUUGAAUUAUUUAAUUCAGCAUUUAGACCAACUAGUUUAUCUUUGAAUAAAGAAGAGGUCAGCCUAGAAUUAUCAGAAGAUUCAGACAUUGACCUAACUCUAGCCAUAUCUCCACUUUCAAGUCCCAGUGAACAGAUUCUAGCUGAUGAAAAUGAGCAAUUUCAAGAGGCCCCAUCUUCAAAUGUAGAACAUCAGGAUGUAGCUGAAGAAAGAAUUGAUUCAGGAGAGGUAACACUCACAGGAAACGGAGAACUGAAUUCUGAUAAUAUAUUAGUUUCAGAGGAUCCAUUAGAUGAGAUGGAAAGAAAAGAUGGUAAUUAUCAGUCAUUUACUUUCAUACUUCCUAAAGACAAUUCUACCCCUGAGAUUUCAGGGCACGUUAAUGUUACCUCAGACUUCCCCUUUAAUUCUUUAAUUGAAGAAGUAUCACCAGCUUCUAGUCCUGACCUCCUAGUAACAAAUGAGGAAACACGGCCAUCUCAAGCCAUCUCUCCAUGUAGUUUAAAAGAUCACGAAACACAGUAUGAGAAAAGUAUCAAAGCCUCCAAGAUUGAAUCCUUCAAUGUAGCCUUAACAGAGAAAGAAAAUCCUUCUGUUGGUACUGCCCAUCCAGUGGGACAAGAUAAUUUAACUUGGGUAAAACAAAUGCCACAUUAUGCAGAAAUGCCUUUAUUAUUAAAUAGUCCUACCUCAGGAAAAGAUGGACGUUUAACCCUUCCUGGUAAAGUAACUGAGGAAAUUGCCCAAAGUAAGCAUUAUGAAGUUUUGUCUUUCCCAGAAAAUACGCUGUACUGUGAUGUGGAAUUAAACCAGCCUGCCGCAGCUGCCAAAUACAGUCAGGACUUCACACCUUCUCUUAGUCUAGAGAACAGAAAUUUGGAAGAUCUUACCCUGGAGACCAGUAAACCGAUGUUUACUCCUAGUGAAAAUACAGAAAAUGUGACUGACACAUUUCUUCAUACAACUUCUUCAAGUAGCGUAAUUAAUAUAUGCAUAGAACAGCCAACAACCUCUGAAAGCAUUGAGAAAAAUAUAACAGUUAACAAUGAUCUGAAGAAAAAUGAAAGUAUUUAUCUGCCAGUAAAGUUUUCAAACCCUGACUCACUUGAUGGAGCUGUUACUGCACAGGCAUAUACUCACUCAGAGAUCUCAAAACUUGGUUCUUCCCCAGAAAGUGCUACAUUAAUCAACUGCAUAAAACCAAUAAAUGUAGAAACAGGGUAUCAAACACAUGAAAUACCUGUAGUUAAAAUGGCAAAUUUGCUUAAGAGAAGUGAAAAAGCUGAAUUACAUAAAGAAUCCAUAGAUCCAGAAGAUAAUGAUUUUCAGUCUCACACCACAUCUUCAAAAGGUGAACAGACAAUCCACGUGUUGCAAGAUCGGCCAAUGUAUGAAACAAAAGAUCUGUCAGAUGGUGUGCGUUCCCUCACAUGCCCAGAUUCUAACCAAAAUGCAGCAGACACCAGUGAAAAUAGUAAUAAAGAGCUGACUGCUUUCUUUAUUCCAAAAUCUUUUGACUCUCUUGUUGGUGGGAUCUCUAAAGACUAUAUGGGAAAUAACACCAGUGAAGGGCUGGUGGCUGAGGACCUUUCUGAAACCCUAGAUAGAGGCAUGGAUAUCAGUGUAAAUUCUGACAUGCAUUAUGAACUACUUUCUGGAGACUCUGAUCAAGAUUCUUUUGGUGAUUUUAGAAAUCCCAAGCUAGAUGUGGAAGAUUCUUGCACUCUGCGAUGUAAUUACACCAGGAAUAGAGAUGGUACUACUAAAGGUAAUUACAGCUCUUUCAUGAGCAUAAACAAUAGUGGUGAUGAGGAAUGGAGAUACUCUAACAGAGUACCAGGGUUGGAUACAAGUGUUCCUUUCAGAAAUUGGUCCAGUGGAUCAAAGCAAGAGAACAGGCGUGUGCCAUGUUAUAUCCAAAUUCGAGACCUCCAUGGGAUCCCUAGGACUUAUGCUAACUUUACUAUAACGAAAGAGUUCAAAGAUACCACAAGGACUUUGCAUGCCUUGAGAAGACACCCCAGUCUCACUGCAAAAUGUGGCUUGAUCAGUUCCUGGACAAGUACUUGGCAAAUAGCAGAUGACCUCACCCAGAAUACUUUAGAUCUGGAAUAUUUGCGCUUUGCACAUAAAUUAAAACAACUUGUAAAGAAUGGGGAACCUCAGCAUUCUACCUCUUCCACCAGUGCCUUUUCACAGGAAUCGCCUAUUCAAAUAGCUGUUGACACUUUCCCUUUGACAAAAAUAUCUGAAUCACCUGUUCUAUAUCCUAUAGCCAGGAGCAGAAGCCCCCUUUUAGUAACAGUCACACACUCAGAUCAGUGUGAGAAGCGGAAUCAACACAUGAGAAUCAACCACAUGGCUAGCAGUAUGGAUGGUUGCUCUUUCUGUUGGAAAGAGAGAUGCAGUCACAGAAGGCAUCUUUCAGAUUUUGAAAGAAAUCAAUCAUUCCAUCUCAAUAAAUUGAAAUAUGACAGUACUUCAAAAGAAUCUCUACAUGAUGUUUCACUUAUUCUCAAUGAGUUUCCUGAAUUAAGCAAGGUGAUGAUUAAUAAUGAAAUGGUUUUCCAAGAUAAAGAACUAAAUGUUGCUUCUGCAGAGGCCUUGUCACAGGAGUUAUAUCCAUCCUUCCCAAGAAGGCCAGCCUUCUAUGAGAACAUGAUUACAGACCUGUGUACCAGUUUACAUGUCAAACUAAAAAAUGUUAUGAGAGAGGCUUGUAAGAGUACCUUCUUCUUCUACCUUGUUGAAACAGAAGACAGCACAUUCAUUCAAAGAACAAAGAAUAUUCUGAGGAAAGAAGGUCAUUCAGAAAUUGAACCUCAGCAUUUUUGUCAAGCUUUUCACAGAGAGAAUGAUACACUGAUAGUCAUCAUCAGAAAUGAGGAUAUUUCAUCACAUUUGCAUCAGAUUCCUUCCUUGCUGAAGCUGAAGCAUUUCCCCAAUGUCCUCUUUACUGGAAUAGAUAGUCCUGAAGACUUUCUUGAUCACACCUACCAAGAGCUGUUUCGUGCAGGAGGCUUUGUGGUAUCAGAUGACAAAAUACUAGAAACAUUAACACUAGUUCAAUUGAAAGAAAUUGUCAAAGUCCUGGAUAAACUAAAUGGAAAUGGAAGAUGGAAGUGGUUUCUUCACUACAGGGAAAAUAAAAAGCUAAAAGAAAGUGUAAGAGUGGAUUCAAUUGCCCAUAAAAAGAACUUAAUAGUGAAGUCCUCUCAGAGUGCAAAUAUAAUUGAAUUUCUUCAUUAUCACCAGUGCGAUUCUCGUUCCUCAAGAAAAGCGGAAAACUUGAAAUGUUUGUUAAACUUGCAAAUUCAGCACAUUGAAGCCAGGUUUGCUGUCUUCCUAACAGACAAACCUACAGUCUUCAGAGAAGUAUUUGAAAACAGUGGAAUUCUUGUUACAGAUGUAAAUAACUUCAUUGAAAAUAUACAAAAAGUAGCAACUCCAUUUAGGAGUAGCUAUUGGUAA